UUCUCAGCUUCUUCGCACAAAGCCAACCACCGUUACGUUACUGUACAUGUAGUCCAUUCUGACCCAAUAGUAAACUCUUCUUCAAAAUCCUUGGCUUAAUUUACCCGAAGCAGAUAGACGACGAUGACGAGGCUAAUGGCCGUCCUUGGCGGCUUUCCAAUGGCUCUGCAGCUCCUUUUGUGCCUUCAUCUGACCACAGGGUUUGUGAUCCCUUCUCCAUCUUUCGUUAUUGGUGUUCCAUCAUCGGAUUGGUGUACCAGUACCAUUCUGUGGAGUGCCAAGAGCGAUUCGGUUGUGCCAGACGUUAUAACAACCAAAGUCCUGGCUCAGCUGUAUCCUGCCCUGAUGGAACACAAGGCUCAGUAUGGAAAUCCCAAUAUCCCCCUGGGUACCUCCGAAGGCCGGCAGUGCAAUGUUAUUCGAAGAAUGCAAGUGCAAGAGAAAUUGACAGCGUCGGAGGUUGAGCUCUUGAAGGAAUUGGGUUUUAUAUUUCACGCUCUGGAAGAUGUCUAUGAGCACGUGGAUUUUGAGGAAAUGUUUCCUCGGUUAGAGGUAUAUAAACAACAACACGAUGGGAGUGUUGAUAUACCCAAAAAAUAUGCUCCUGAUCCAGAACUGGGAGCGUGGGUCACUGGUAUUCGACGAUUAGGCAAAGACCGAGUGGACCCUGAUCAUGUCAAUCGUUUGGAUCAGGUUGGAUUUGUUUGGGUGUCAACUCGAAAAUGUGGCAGCAAGUUCAUGGAACAAUAUAGAAAAAUUCAACAACGAUUGCAAGACGAAAAUGACCCAGCCGUGGUAUGGGAGGAUGAAGACGUCGUGAAGUUUGUCAGGGCCCAAAAAGAGGCAUUCAAACGAAACACACUUAGUGAAACUAGGGUCGAGUACAUGACAAGGCUGCUCGGGGAGGAGUGGUGGACAGAGUAGAAGGUAGAAGCCAGUACGGUAUAGUCAAUGAAUCAACCAUAGAGAAACGAGGUGAUCCGUUUAAAGUUUGUACCAGUAGCAAGAAGUUUUACAGGAGACUGACUGUAAUAAGGAUGAUGGGUGCUGAAUAUUAAUUGGCUGUAUAGUUUUAUGCAUUUUCGUGACUACUCUAAACAAUGAUAAACAGUGCGCAAGUAUGAGCAUUUUUGGAUAACGAUCAAGUGACUGCCGUCAGACGCCUUUAAUCAUCCC